GACGAGUUUUCCCUCCAAAUCUCUCCAUUGUUGGAGACAUUAAUUUCUUACAACCAAAUCCUUCCAUUUCUCUCCCCUUCAAGUCCUUUCCUUCCUCAUUUGUUAUCCAAAUGAAAAAAAAUCAAUCCCUCCAUAUCCCUUCCCUUCUUUUCCCUCCAUUUCCUUCAAUUCAAACAAAGUGUAAAUCAUAUAAAGCUGGUUGGUCAGGUGAUCCUUAAUCAUAUUGUCCAGCCUGUUGUACAAAUAUGGGGGAUCAAACGAAUCAGUCGGAGCCAAAAAUCGAGGAGGAAAUGGAGAGAGUGGUAGAGCUAAUAAAACAAUUGCAGGAAGCAGCAACUUCUUUGAUUUCCAUGUCAUCGAGAGAAGAGAAAGUCCUUCAACAACGUGCUCUUUCACUCGAUGCAUCCAUUGUGAAACUUCGUUCCUCCAUCAGUUCUCUCAUGAUGGAUGGUCGCAUAGAUGCCACGCUAGCUGAAAAGCUUGAGGAUGAGUUGAAUAAAGCAAAAUGCAUUCUCGUUGAUGGAGAUGCUUCAUCUUUUCUUGCUGGCAAAGUUGACAGUCGGUUCUUGAAGAUGUUUCUUGGUCCAAUUAACGUGCGAGCCAUAAGGAAGGAUGUGCAGUUUAAAGUCAAAGAGGAGUAUAAUAGGUACAAGGAUAGAACUGCCUGUUUGUUUCUUCUUUUGCCAUCAAUGCUACUAUUUCUUAGAUCUUGGAUGUGGGGUGGCUGCAUGCCUGCUUUUCCAGUUCAAUUGUAUCAGGCUUGGCUUUUAUUCCUGUACACAGGUUUGGCUUUGAGAGAGAACGUCUUAAGAGUGAAUGGGAGUGACAUUCGUCCAUGGUGGAUUUAUCAUCAUUACUGUGCAAUGGUAAUGGCACUUGUGAGCCUUACUUGGGAAGUAAAAGGCCAACCUGACUGUGCUCAGAAGCAGAGAGGGGUUGAACUUUUCCUACAAUGGGCUAUGAUGCAAGGAGUUGCAAUGCUAUUGCAAAAUCAUUACCAACGGCAAAGGCUAUACACUCGCAUUGCACUAGGAAAGGCAAAGAGAAUGGAUGUUGUGUGGGGCGAAUCAACUGGAGAGCGUGGCCAGCUUUUGCUGCUUUGCCCUAUUCUUUUCAUUUUGCAGGGCUUUGAGGCAUAUGUUGGAUUGCUGUUGCUUCGAACUGCAUUUGCUGGGGUUGAAUGGCAGGUUGUCUUCUGUGGAUUUCUCCUGGUUUUGAUGGCAGUCGGGAAUUUUGUAAACACGGUGCAAAGUUUGCUUGUCAAAUCGCGGUUUAAAGCAAAGAUGAAAAGGACUAAAAGUCAGCAACAGAUAGAUUAGGAAUGAAAUUUCUGAAAAGUUUUGAUAUUCUCAUACCAGUUUUAUUUUCUUCUCCUUUUUACAAUGUAUAUUCUCAGUUUGUUGGUUAUGUGAUGCUUUGGUCAUACAGUAGAUUUGCUAAAGGUACAUCAAAAGAAAAGAAAAGAAUAAAUAAGAAAAGGAUAUCGACAUGUAUGAUUAUUAAUUUACCACAAACUACUUGCGUUUUUUAGAUUCGAUUGAAAUUGUAUUAGUGAAUAAUGGGUAUUUCCCAAUAUUGACUUUAAUGUAUUCAUUCUUACUACUCA